CAGUUGUAAAUGUUACCUCGAAGUGGUCGUUUGUGCUAACGGUAGUUGUGUUUCAAUAUUUCGCCCCGGAUAUCCUUUUUCAGUAUUUGAAAAAAAAGAAAGAAAAUCUAAAGUUAUAUUACCCUCAUACAGGAUAUCGUAUUUGGCUUGGGAUUAUUAGCAAUUCGACAUAUAAAGUGGUCUACUAUUUCAUUCAGAAAACACCUCUUUGCAUCUUAAUUGAGUUCAGUGGUCAGUGGUGCUGUGCUGCUGCUUUGUUGGCAAGGCAAGGAUUCUCUGCCCAGUAUAUAAAAAAGGAUAAAGCAUAGGAUUUAAACUCUCGGGUUCGUGUUGUAUUAUAGAGCGUUUUAUGCUUUCGACAUCUCUCUGUGUUUGUAUGUGUUGGUGUAAGUGGUGUAUAAUAUUGUAAAAGCUACCGCCCUAAUUUUAAAGGAUUUCUUUUUCUUAUUGUGGUCAUAGGGAAUUAAAACCAUCAACCAUCAUUACCACCCUUCUCGUUGUCGUUUUUUCGUCCUCGUUUUGUGUGCGUCUUGUCUAUAUUUCUAUCAAAAGUAUAAGGUUUUUGAGUGAAGUGUGUUAUCUUGGUGCUCGUUUAUCAAAUAACGGUUUUAUAUUCUGUUGACUUGUGGGUGGAAUAAUUAAAAAAAAAAAAGAAGACACUUUUAAGCGCGGAAAAGCAAAUCUAAUUGGACUAACAGGUUUUUAUUCAAAAAAAACCUAAACCGACAAAAGCAAAGCCAAGAAGCAGCUUUAGUGAUUUUUUUCUAUCUUACCCGUUUAUAAAAAAUCCAUCAAAAUUUUCACACUAAGAAUGGACACGAACUCAGUGAGUCCACUGCCACCGCCCGAAGCGCCAUUAGCUAUGAUGGAGAAUGAAAAAACACCACCUGGGAGUCCUUCGGCCAACGAUAUGCCACCACCUCCUGAUGAAAACUUGGAUGAUACGAUUUCAACAAAAAGGAUUGUUAAGAGAAAAGGGCGCUAUGAAGACGAUGCUGAAAACGCAUGGAAUUGUGGAUCAUGGUUCGAAUAUCUAAUGAUAGUUAUCCUGUCGACAAUUUUACUUGUCGGAGUUUUAGUUCUAACAUUAUUCUGGAUUAUGUUCUAUCGAGGAGGAUUUGCAUGGUCAGAUAAUCCACAAUUGCAGUUCAAUUUGCAUCCAGUUCUUAUGAUUGCAGGAUUUGUCACAUUCUCAGGAUUCUCAAUACUCCUCUACAGACUGUGCAGAUGUCUAAAACAUAUUUAUGUUAAACUCGCCCACAUGUUUUUCCAUGCUUGUGCCAUUCCAUGUGUAGCUUUAGGGUUUUUGUCCGUUUUCGAUUCACACAAUCUAUCCGAACCACCAAGGGAGAACUUUUAUUCCUUACAUUCUUGGUUGGGAUUUGUGACAAUGGGACUGUUUGUCAUGCAAUUUGUUGUUGGAUUUUUCAGCUUUUUGGUGCUAUUAUGCUGUGAAAAUGCAACUUAUGGAUGCAGAGCGACUAUGGUGCCAAUACAUGCAAGUUUUGGUUUGGUUAACUUUAUGCUAGCCAUUGCGACUUGUGUGACAGGUUUGGUGGAGAAAGAACGUGAACUGACCGAAGAAAAGAAUUUGAGCGCCAGUAAUUCAAAAAUCGAACACUACAUCAUGAAUUCAUUGGGUAUCGUCUUAGUUGCAAUUGGAAUUAUUGUAUCAUUUGCUGUACGAAGAUCCAAUGCUCCAGCUACUGCCAAAGUAUAUGUUACUGAACGUAUAUAAAUUAAAUAAUAAAAAAAAAAAUAAUAAAAAUAUAAAAAUUAAAUUUAAAAAAAAAUCAAAGUCUCGAAAGCAAUUUGUGUAAUAAGAAAAUUUAAAAAAACAAAAUCGAAACAAAAAAAAAAGUCGUAAAUUUUGUUUAUUAUAAAAAAAAAUAAAUAUAUAAAUAAAAUAUAAUUGUAUGUAUGCAUUAAUUAGUUUAUAUUUCAAUUAAAAAUUAAAAAUGAUGAGCCAAAAAGAAAAGAAACCCUAAAAUAUUACACAAAAAUUAUUAUUAUUUAGGACUUUUCUACGUCUUAUGCACAAACAAAAAAAUAACAAUCUCA